AUGUGCCCGUCUAGUUUGUCAAGUUUUGAUGAGCAGUUCUCUACUUUGCCCUCCAGUGAGGACAGUGUGUCCCUGCAUUUCCCCGAAUCUCCCUUGAAGCAACUCACUCCGCUGGUGGAGGGAUCCACGCACUCUGCUGCACGUGGAAAAGCAGGUAUACCAGAUUCAUCACUGUGGGAGAAUCAAGAUUCUGAACACAUUAAUGGAAUCGAUUCUGUUUUGUCAAAGGCUGAAAUUGCAUCUUGCAGUUAUGAAGCCAGACAAGUUGGUAUUAAGAAUGGAAUGUUUUUUGGGUACGCUAAACAACUUUGUCCUAAUCUUCAAGCUGUUCCAUAUGAUUUUCAUGCAUAUAAGGAAGUUGCACGCACGAUGUAUGAGACAUUGGCAAGCUACACACACAACAUCGAAGCAGUCAGCUGUGAUGAGGCGCUGGUAGACAUCACGGAAAUCCUAGCGGAGACCAAGCUUACGCCUGAUGAAUUUGCAAGCGCUGUCCGCAUGGAAAUCAGAGACCAGACUCACUGUGCUGCUUCUGUUGGGAUUGGUUCUAACAUUCUCCUGGCUAGAAUGGCCACUAGAAAAGCAAAGCCCGACGGCCAGUACCACUUAAAACCAGAAGAGGUCGAUGAUUUCAUCAGAGGUCAGCUAGUUACUAACCUCCCAGGAGUGGGGCGGUCCAUGGAGGCCAAGCUGGCCUCUCUGGGCAUUAAGACGUGCGGAGACCUGCAGCACAUGACCAUGGCGAGGCUGCAGCGGGAAUUUGGUCCCAAGACGGGACAGAUGCUGUACAGGUUCUGCCGAGGUUUGGAUGACAGACCGGUUCGAACAGAAAAGGAAAGAAAAUCGGUUUCAGCUGAGAUCAACUAUGGAAUAAGGUUUACCCAGCCCAAAGAAGCAGAAGCUUUCCUGCUGAGCCUUUCCGAGGAAAUUCAAAGACGGCUGGAAGCUGCUGGCAUGAAGGGGAAGCGCCUGACUCUCAAAAUAAUGGUGCGGAAGCCGGGGGCCCCUGUGGAAACUGCGAAAUUUGGAGGCCAUGGAAUCUGUGACCACAUUGCCAGGACCGUGACGCUGGACCAGGCCACGGACAGCGCAGCAGUCAUUGGGAAGACCGCGCUGAACAUGUUCCACACCAUGAAGCUGAGCAUCGCGGACAUGAGAGGGGUUGGGAUUCAAGUGAACCAGUUGGUUCCCGCUCAUUCGAGACCUCCCGCAUGUCCCAGGCACGUGCCGGUUCAGCCAGGCCACUGUCCCGGCGGCUCCCACUCUGUCCUGGACCUCCUCCAGGCCCAGAGAGCAAAGGCGUCCUCAGAGGAGGAGUGCCAGGAAGUAUUCCUGGCUGCCAUGGAUCUGGAAAUCGCAUCUGCCUCUAGAACUUGCACAUUCCUGCCAUCUCUCUCCACACAUCUGACAUCUGCCGUCAGCCCUGUUGUGAGCAAAGCCGAGCCUUCGGGGAAAUGGAAUGGUCUACAUUCUCCCAUCAGCGUAAAAUCAAAAUUAAACCUGAGUAUAGAGGUCCCAUCUCCUUCCCAGCUCGAUCAGUCUGUUCUGGAAGCACUCCCGCCCGAUCUCCGGGAACAAGUAGAGCAAGUUGUCCAGCAAGGGGAGCAGCACGGGGACAAAAAGAAGGAGCCAGUAAAUGGCUGUAAUACAGGGAUUGUGCCCCAGCCAGUGGGGACGGUUUUGUUACAAAUACCAGAACCUCAAGCAUCUAGCAGCGACAUGGGAAUUAAUGUAAUAGCCCUCCCAGCAUUCUCACAGGUGGACCCAGAGGUGUUUGCUGCCCUUCCUGCUGAGCUUCAGAAGGAGCUGAAAGCAGCUUAUGAGCAGAGGCAGCGGCAGGGCGAGAGUGCGCACCAGCAGCCAGCCAGCGCGGCCGUGCCAAGGAAUCAGUUACUUCAGCUGAAACCAGCCUCAGUGAAAGAAAAGAAACGGAACAAGAAAAACCCCAUCAGCUCCCCCAAAAAGGCUCAGAGCCCUUUGAAAAACAAGCUGCUUAACAGCCCCGUCAAAGCCACGCCAGGGGCCGGCGGGAGUCCCCAGAAGCUAAUUGAAGGGUUUCUGAAACACGAAGAUCCUGCUCCCGGGAAACCACUAGGAGAACUCUCUGCUUCUGCUUCAGGUGUGCAGCCUGCCUCCCCGGGCUGUGGCAGGCCCCCGGCACCCAACCUCGCCGGCGCCGUGGAGUUCAGUGACGUGAAGACACUGCUCAAGGAGUGGAUCACCACCAUCUCAGAUCCAAUGGAAGAAGACAUUCUGCAAGUUGUGAAAUACUGCACUGACCUGAUAGAGGAGAAGGACUUGGAGAAACUGGACCUCGUUAUAAAAUACAUGAAAAGGUUGACGCAGCAGUCGGUGGAAUCAGUUUGGAAUAUGGCAUUUGACUUUAUUCUUGACAAUGUUCAGGUGGUUUUACAACAGACUUAUGGGAGCACACUGAAGGUUACAUAG